AUGCUCAAAGAUAUUUUCACACCUCCGCAAUGGUUAUUAACAUUUUAUACAAUUUUUGGUACAUUUUCUCUAAUCAUAAACAUUAUUUGUAUUCUUCUCAUUAUUUUUAAGAGUGGGAAAAUCAAAGAUUAUAAAUAUUAUAUUUUAUAUGCGCAAGUCACUUGUGCAUUUUUGGAUUUUCUACUAACUUUUUUGAUGAAACCCAUCCCACUUAUGCCAAUUAUUGGAAUUUAUUCAUCUAAUGGAUUACUGUGGACAUUAUUUGGAAUAUCUACAACAUUUUCGUUGAAAAUAUUUAUAUUUGGGUUAAUGAAUACAAUUGUCUCAUUAUCAAUUUGUUUUCUUCGAAAAUUUUUGAGUAUUUAUGCUUUGAAAGGAAAAAAGAAUCGAGUUGAGAAAUAUACAAAAAUCAUAAUGAUUGCGAUGUUUUUAUUAUCUCAAGCAACUUCGAUUUCAUUUGCGAUUGUUGUUGCAAAUAAAACUGAACAACAAAAAUAUGUUGCAAAAGAAUAUCCCGAACUUGUUCAAUAUUUUGAAUCUGUUGGUGAUUAUUUUGUUAGUAUUUACAGUCAAGGAGAAGUUAUAUAUUUUAUUUGGAAUGCAAUUUUUCUGCCAUUGAACAUGAUUAUAGUAACAAGUGCAACUAUUCAGAUGUUUGAUAUUUUGAGAAGUUAUAAAUCGAAAAUCUCGAAAUCAAAUUAUUUGAAACAUCGGAAUGCUUUGAAAAGUUUAUUGGCUCAAGCUUCAACUUCAAUUCUUUUUCUAGCUCCUUGUAUUGUUGUCAGUUUUUUAUUAUUUCUACAAUUUGAAGAAGCUAACUGUGAGUCACAUUAUUUCUCAAAAACUACUUAAGAUAUCAAUUCUUUUCAGUAGUUUCACUAUUUGCAGCUGCUAUUUUCACAACUCAUUCUUCUACGAACUCAUUCGUUCUGAUAUUCACUUUUCCAUCAUUUCGAAAAUUUUUCAAAUGUUGGGAAAAACCUCAUGUUCAACGAGCGAUAAUUAUAUCUAGUUUUUAA